AUGUCCACCAUGCGGAGGACCGUGUCGGAGAUCCGCUCCCGGGCGGAGGGUUAUGAGAAGACCGAUGAUGUUUCAGAGAAGACUUCCCUGGCAGACCAGGAAGAAAUACGCACUAUAUUCAUCAACCAGCCCCAGCUGAUGAAGUUCUGCAACAACCACGUCAGCACUGCAAAAUACAACAUCAUCACAUUCCUUCCACGAUUUCUCUACUCGCAGUUCAGAAGAGCUGCCAAUUCAUUCUUUCUCUUUAUUGCACUGCUUCAGCAAAUACCUGAUGUAUCACCAACUGGUCGCUAUACCACACUGGUUCCUCUCUUAUUUAUUUUAGCUGUGGCAGCUAUCAAAGAAAUCAUAGAAGAUAUUAAACGACAUAAAGCUGAUAAUGCUGUGAACAAGAAACAGACACAAGUGUUGAGAAAUGGUGCUUGGGAAAUUGUACACUGGGAAAAGGUAAAUGUUGGAGAUAUAGUUAUAAUAAAAGGCAAAGAGUAUAUACCUGCUGACACUGUACUUCUCUCAUCAAGCGAGCCCCAGGCCAUGUGCUACAUUGAAACAUCCAACUUAGACGGUGAAACAAACCUGAAAAUCAGACAGGGCUUACCAGUAACAGCAGAUAUAAGAGACAUUGACAGUUUGAUGAGAAUUUCCGGCAGAGUUGAGUGUGAAAGUCCAAACAGACAUCUCUAUGAUUUUGUUGGAAACAUAAGGCUUGAUGGACAUGGCACCGUGCCCCUGGGAGCCGAUCAGAUCCUUCUUCGAGGCGCCCAGUUAAGAAACACGCAGUGGGUUCACGGAAUAGUCGUCUACACUGGACACGACACCAAGCUGAUGCAGAAUUCAACAAGCCCACCACUUAAACUCUCAAACGUGGAACGCAUUACAAACGUACAAAUUUUGAUUUUGUUUUGUAUCUUAAUCGCCAUGUCCCUUAUCUGUUCUGUGGGCUCGGCCAUUUGGAAUCGACGGCAUUCCGGAAAGGACUGGUAUCUCAACCUGAGUUAUGGUGGCGCUAAUAAUUUUGGACUGAAUUUCCUGACCUUCAUCAUCCUUUUCAACAAUCUCAUUCCUAUUAGCUUAUUGGUUACAUUGGAAGUGGUGAAAUUUACCCAGGCAUACUUCAUCAAUUGGGAUCUCGAUAUGCACUAUGAGCCCACAGACACUGCUGCUAUGGCUCGGACCUCUAACCUGAAUGAAGAGCUUGGCCAGGUAAAAUACAUCUUUUCUGACAAAACUGGAACUCUGACGUGCAAUGUGAUGCAGUUUAAGAAGUGCACCAUAGCUGGGGUUGCUUAUGGGCAGAGCUCACAGUUUGGAGACGAAAAAACAUUUAAUGAUUCAUCAUUACUGGAAAAUCUCCAAAAUAAUCAUCCAACUGCAUCUGUAAUCUGUGAAUUUCUCACCAUGAUGGCAGUCUGUCACACAGCAGUCCCAGAGCGAGAAGGCGACAAGCUUAUUUACCAAGCAGCAUCUCCAGAUGAGGGAGCUUUGGUCAGAGCAGCCAAGCAAUUGAAUUUUAUUUUCACUGGAAGAACACCUGACUCAGUGAUUAUAGAUUCACUGGGGCAAGAAGAAAGAUAUGAAUUGCUCAAUGUCCUGGAGUUCACCAGCACCAGGAAAAGAAUGUCAGUGAUUGUUCGCACUCCAUCCGGGAAGUUACGACUCUACUGCAAAGGAGCCGACACCGUCAUUUAUGAUCGACUGGCAGAGACUUCAAAAUACAAAGAAAUCACCCUAAAACAUUUAGAGCAGUUUGCUACAGAAGGGCUGAGAACGUUAUGCUUCGCUGUAGCCGAGAUUUCGGAGAGUGACUUCCAGGAGUGGCGAGCAGUCUAUGAGCGCGCGUCCACCGCCGUGCAGAACCGGCCACUCAAGCUGGAGGAGAGUUACGAGCUAAUCGAAAAGAAUCUUCAGCUACUUGGAGCUACAGCCAUUGAGGAUAAAUUACAAGAUCAAGUGCCUGAAACCAUAGAAAUGCUCAUGAAAGCAGACAUCAAAAUCUGGAUCCUCACCGGGGACAAGCAAGAAACUGCCAUUAACAUUGGACACUCCUGCAAACUUCUGAGGAAGAACAUGGGAAUGAUCGUUAUUAAUGAAGGCUCUCUUGAUGCAACAAGGGAAACCCUCAGCCGCCACUGCACCACGCUGGGCGAUGCUCUUCGGAAGGAGAAUGACUUUGCUCUUAUCAUUGACGGGAAGACCCUCAAGUACGCCCUGACAUUCGGAGUGCGCCACUACUUCCUGGACCUCGCUCUGUCCUGCAAAGCGGUGAUUUGCUGCAGGGUUUCUCCCCUUCAAAAGUCUGAAGUUGUGGAGAUGGUUAAGAAACAAGUCAAAGUGAUAACACUUGCGAUUGGUGAUGGAGCCAAUGAUGUCAGCAUGAUCCAGACGGCACACGUCGGCGUGGGCAUAAGCGGGAAUGAAGGCCUCCAGGCAGCAAAUUCUUCCGAUUACUCCAUCGCACAGUUCAAGUAUUUGAAGAAUUUAUUGAUGGUCCAUGGUGCCUGGAACUAUAACAGAGUCUCCAAGUGCAUUUUAUACUGCUUCUACAAGAAUAUAGUCCUCUAUAUUAUCGAGAUCUGGUUUGCCUUUGUUAAUGGCUUUUCUGGGCAGAUCCUCUUCGAGAGGUGGUGUAUAGGUCUUUAUAAUGUGAUGUUCACAGCGAUGCCUCCCUUAACGCUGGGCAUAUUUGAGAGAUCGUGCAGGAAAGAGAAUAUGUUGAAGUAUCCUGAGUUAUACAAAACGUCUCAGAACGCCCUGGACUUCAACACCAAGGUUUUCUGGGUUCAUUGUUUAAAUGGCCUCUUCCACUCGGUUAUUCUGUUUUGGUUUCCACUAAAAGCCCUUCAGUAUGGCACUGUAUUUGGAAAUGGGAAAACCUCUGACUACCUGCUGUUGGGCAACUUUGUGUACACAUUUGUGGUGAUCACUGUGUGUUUGAAAGCUGGCUUGGAGACAUCAUAUUGGACAUGGUUCAGCCAUGUGGCGAUCUGGGGCAGCAUCGUGCUCUGGGUGGUGUUCUUCGGGAUCUACUCAUCGCUGUGGCCCGCCAUCCCCAUGGCCCCGGACAUGUCAGGAGAGGCAGCCAUGCUGUUCAGUUCCGGAGUCUUCUGGAUGGGCCUGUUAUUCAUCCCCGUGGCCUCUCUGCUCCUUGACGUGGUGUACAAGGUUAUCAAAAGGACUGCUUUUAAAACCUUAGUAGAUGAGGUUCAGGAGCUGGAGGCAAAAUCUCAAGACCCAGGAGCAGUCGUGCUUGGGAAAAGCCUCACGGAGCGGGCACAGCUGCUCAAGAAUGUCUUUAAGAAGAACCAUGUCAACUUGUACCGGUCCGAGUCGCUGCAGCAAAACCUGCUCCACGGGUAUGCUUUCUCUCAAGAUGAAAAUGGGAUCGUCUCACAGUCAGAAGUGAUUAGGGCCUAUGAUACCACAAAGCAGAGACCGGACGAAUGGUGA